AUGGGAGAGAAAGAUGGAGGGAUGAAGCAGAAAGGAGGACUCCGUCAGUCUAUAGACCUGCAUCAGUCAUUCGGAAAGUCUUUCGAGUUGCAUCAAUCGUUCCAUAAGUCGUUUGAAUCCAAUGCAGGGUCGGGGAGAGUGGCCACUGCAGUGUGGGAACUUGAGCCAGAUCCCUCCACAGAAAACACUACCUCAGACCUAAAGAAUAAGUGGCACCUGGUGGUGGACCGUCUGACUGUGCUGUUCCUCAAGUUCCUGGAAUAUUUCCACAAGCUGCAGCUCUUCAUCUGGUGGCUCCUAGAGAUACACAUCAUCAAGAUCGUCUCUUCGUAUAUCAUACUGGUCUCUGUUAAGGAGGUGUCCUUGUUCAACUAUGUAUUCAUGGCUUGCUGGGCCUUCGCUCUGCCCUUCAGUCAGUUCAGACCCCUAGCCUCCAGUAUCUGCACAGUCUGGACCUGUGUUAUCAUCGUCUGUAAGAUGUUGUACCAGCUGGAAUCUAUACAACCUGCCUCUUACUCCAAGAACUGCUCCAUGCCAAUGAACUACACAGAGAAACAGAGAGAGGAAAUGAAAGACUCGCUGCUGUACAAGGAGCCAGUAGACCCGUCCAACUGGGUCGGACUCAACAAGUUCAACCCUCUACUGGAGAACCUCAGGAACAACCUGCUGAUGUUGGCCAUGCUGGCGUUUGAGGUGACCAUCUACCGUCACCAGCAGUACUACAGACUGAGGAACAAGCUCACCGCACCCGCCGCUCGCAUCAUCUUCCAUGACAUCACGCGGCAACACCUCGACAACGGCAUCGUCAACUGUGUCAAGUACUUCAUCAACUACUUCUUCUACAAGUUCGGGCUGGAGACGUGCUUCCUACUGGCGGUGAAUGUGAUUGGCCAGCGUAUGGAUUUCUAUGCUAUGCUGCAUGCCUUCUCUCUGAUAGCCGUGAUGUACAGACGGAGAAGGAAAGCUAUAGCUGAGAUCUGGCCUAAAUACUGUUGUUUCCAGGCCUGUAUUCUAACCUGGCAGUACUUUGUGUGCAUCGGGAUACCACCUGCAGCUUGCAAAGACUACCCAUGGCGGUUCCCUAACUCUGCAAUGGACUCCAACGUCAUCAAGUGGCUAUAUUUCCCAGACUUCCACACCAACCCCAACCCAAUCUUUCUCGUCUGCCAGACUGAGGAGCUGGAUCAGCCAACAAUUGUUGACCACCAGGACGUUGAUGUAACCACAGGCCAGGAUCUUGAUCACAACACAGAGACGAGGAAUCAGAUAUACAGGAUGGACCGUAUAAAGCAGCGCCAGGAGAAGUUUAAGAGUGGGAAGAAAAAGAUGUUGAGCCUGCCACAGGAGUCAGGGGACAGACAGAACCCCAUCCAGCCACAGGAGCAGGAGGAAGAGGAUGAUGAGCGAGAAAGAGAGAAAGAGAAAGUGAAAGAAACAGCCAAGACUAAAAAAAGGCAGUGGUGGCGGCCUUGGGUUGACCACGCCUCCAUGGUGAGAAGUGGAGAUUAUUACUUGUUUGAAACUGACAGUGAAGAAGAGGAGGAAGAGGAGGAGAAAAGAGAGGAUCAAGAGCUGCCCAAGAAGUCAGCGUUUCAGUUUGUCUACCAUGCCUGGAUAACAGACUCCAAGGCAGCCAUGAAGGAACGAAGCAAAGAGAAGCGUAAGUUCUGGAAGAGGUACACCAAGAGAGACAAACACAAGAAGGACAAGAAGGAAGGUCAUGUGACUAUAGAGAUGGAGGAAGAUCAGGAGGGAACACAGAAGAAGAAGUCUGACGGACCAGACAACAUCCUGAAGCGAGUGUUCAACAUCAUCAAGUUCACCUGGGUGUUGUUCCAGACCAUGGUGGAGAGCUUCACCAAGUGGAUGAACAACGUGUGUAGAGAACACAUAGACAUCUCCACCGUGCUGCGUAUUGAGAGAUGCAUGCUCACUAGAGAGGUCAAAAAGGGCAACGUCCCGUCCAGAGAGAGUAUCCACAUGUUCUACCAGAAGCAGAUGCGUAUGAGCAUGUCCCGGGGGUCCAGCCUGGACCGGCUCAGUGAGGAGGACAGUGCGUCGGGGGGGUCUCACAGGGUCCGCAGGAGGAGAGGCGACUAUCGCAUGGAGAGCCAGGACAGCAUGGCAUCUUUGGCAUCACGAGACAGCAUAUCCAGUGCCUACACUGAGGCCACCAUGCUGUUCUCCCGCCAAGACACGCUGGACGAGCUGGACGGAAUGCCGUCAGACGUUCACAUUCCCAAAACCAGUGAGCGUGCCCGGCCAAAACUCCGUAAGAUUUACGGCCUGGACGCCUCCAAAUCGACUGACAGCAGCAGCAGCCAAGUGUCCAGUGAAACGACCCAGUGCAUCACUCUGUACUCCCGGCAGGGCACCACCGACACCAUCGAUGAGGUGGAGGACGAACAGGACCAGGGGGAAGACAGGCAGCACGGACCCUGGGGACACCCACCUCCGGAGGGGGCAGAGGGGGCUGAAGACAGCCCCUGGCGGGGUGGAGGAGAUGAUGGUGGUGGAGAGACCACAGAGGAGAGGGAGCGGUACCAGGGUCAGGGGGAUCCAUGGGGGUCUCCAGGCCCAGGGGAGGGCCCCUCCUUCAGGGUAGAGGAAGGAGCGUCAACCCUCCUGGCCCUUCAACAAGGAUCCCGACCAGGGUCCCAGGACUGUACCACUGACAGUGACGACGGGGGUGUCCAGGACCGGCAAGAAUACUUGAAUAGGGCAGAGCGUGACCGGGCGGGGCUGCUGUACACCCCAGACACGGACGCUCCAAACACCUCGGAUGCUGAUGUGCCUCCCAGCUACAGCAAGGUUGGUGGUCUAUAUCCCUUGUCAUUCUGUGCCGGGAUGUUCCAUGAUGAGGAGCUAGAGCGGUCGGAGCGGUUCUAUGGGCAGCCCCUGGUGCUCCAGUUGGUCUAUGCCCUGUAUAACAUGCUGGUGGACUCUGAGAGUGUGUGUUACCUAGUCAUCAUCCUCAACAACAUGCUGUGCUCCUGCGUCACGCUGGUCCUCCCUAUCCAUCUUCCUCUGGGCAUGCUGUCCGUACCUAGACCCAGUAAGAGGUUUUGGAUGACCGUCAUCGUACACUGGGAUGUCGCCAUUGUCAUCAAGUAUUUCUUUCAGUUUGGCUUCUUCCCCUUCAACCAGAACCCGAAGGUGGACGUGAAUAAACCCUACCACCCUCCCAACAUCAUCGGAGUGGAGAAGAAAGACGGAUACGUCGUCUACGACCUCAUACAGCUUCUGGCGCUCUUCUUCCACAGGUCCAUCCUGAAGUGUCAUGGUCUAUGGGACGAAGACAACCUUAAGGACACCAAGAAGGAGAUACUCCGCAGGGACACUGAGUCAGAGGACGAUGAGAGGAGGGAGACGGAGGCCACUCCCGUACCUUCCACCCCCCGCGAGAGGAAGGGGUCCACACAGACCCUCAGGUCUAUAAACCUGGGCGUGGGCACCUCCGUGGACUCUGUACACGUCCCCGUGCACUACGUCCAGCAACAGCAGCAGACCUACCAGAGAAGGAAGAGCUCCAGUGGAGGGUCUCAUAUCUCCCACCGCUCAGUCCACUCUGUACGCUCCAAGAGAGGCAGCACUAACUCCAGGAACAGUAGCCAUAGAGACGGGGGCGAGUCAGUGCAGCAGAAGACUAAGAAACAACUGAUCAAGGAGAAACUCAGAGAACAGAUGAUCAAAGCCAAGACCUUCACUGUCAAAAGGACCAUGGAGGUGUACCUGCCCAUCCGUCAGUUCUUCUACAACCUAGUCCAUCCAGAGUACAGCGCUGUAACAGACGUCUAUGUUCUCAUGUUCCUGGCCGAUACCAUCGACUUCAUCAUCAUCGUCUUCGGCUUCUCUGCUUUUGGGAAACACUCAGCGGGAGCAGACAUCACGUCGUCCCUGUCGGAGGACCAGGUUCCCGGAGCCUUCCUGGUGAUGGUUCUGAUCCAGUUUGGGACCAUGGUGGUGGACCGGGCCCUCUACCUCAAGAAGACAGUGCUGGGGAAGGUCAUCUUCCAGGUGGUCCUGGUAUUCGGGAUACACUUCUGGAUGUUCUUCAUCCUCCCCGGACUCUCUGAGAGGCGUUUCAAUGAGAACACAGUAGCCAAGCUAUGGUACUGUAUCAAGUGUAUCUACUUUGGGCUGUCAGCCUAUCAAAUCCGCUGUGGCUACCCCACCAGAGUCCUGGGUAACUUCCUCACCAAGAGCUACAACUACGCCAACCUCUUCCUGUUUCAAGGGUUCCGUCUGAUCCCGUUCCUGACUGAGCUGCGUGCGGUGAUGGACUGGGUCUGGACUGACACCUCCCUGUCCUUAUCCUCUUGGAUCUGUGUGGAAGACAUCUACGCUCACAUCUUCGUCCUCAAGUGCUGGAGGGAGUCAGAGAGAAGAUACCCUCAGCCGCGGGGCCAAGCGAAGAAGCCUGUGGUGAAGUAUGGGAUGGGAGGGAUGAUCGUCAUGCUUCUGAUCUGUAUCAUCUGGUUCCCUCUACUCUUCAUGUCUCUGGUCAAGUCUGUGGUGGGGGUGGUCAACAAACCCCUGGACGUCUCCUUCUCCAUCACCCUGGCCGGGUUCCAGCCCAUCUUCACAAUGAGUGCUCAGCAGAACCAGCUCAGAGAAGUCUCCAACCAUGAAUUCCAUGGCACCUUCAUGAGGUCAUAUCUCAGCGACCCUGAUGCGAUGCAGUGGUUGGAGUCAUACAUGCCAGAGGACCUGACCAUAGCUGAGUUGGAGGGCAGCUCUAACAGUCUGUGGACCAUCAGUCCUCCCAGUAGAACUAACAUCAUGAAGAUGCUCAGCUCCAAGGAACAAUUCCCCGUCACUUUAGCUUGGUCUAUCCAACGGAACCAGACUCUGGGAGCGAAGGCUGAGUUUUCUACGGGGAAGAAGGUCAUGUUUCUGGAUGAUAAGACCAAGCUGGAGCUAUUCCUACUGCUCAAUGGGACCAGAAAAGACGGAGUGGUGAUAAAACAUGGCUUCCCUCGGUAUCUCCGAGCCCCUACUGACUCUGAGGCCAAACCCAUACAACAGCUGUGUAAAGAGGAAGAAUUCAUCACUUUGGCUUUGGAGCGAUUCCAUAACGACUCAGCGGAGGUCCAGGAGUGGUGGAUCGUGAACCAGACUAGUCCGGGAAAGAUCAACGUUCGUAGCCCCAAGAAUCUGUACGACGCUGGACUGGAGCUCUAUGUCUUCAGCGACCAGGUCAGCCCUCCUAGUCUGGGCUUCCUGGCUGGAUACGGGUGA